UCUCUCCUUCGUCAGUUUCCAAAUAAACGAGUGCGGGCUGGGUCUUGUGAGGCAGGGCAGGAUGGAAAGGCACGGUAAACGCAGCCUGCUCUUCGCCUUUCUGUCGCUCUGGCUUGGCUUGGUGGCCGAAGCUGACCCUUUGGGGCUGAGGGUCAGUGUGACCCGGGGUCAGAUCUCCUUAAACGACAUGCUGAAAGAAGUGGAGCAGCUGAUGGAGGACACGCAGCACAAACUAGAGGAGGCUGUUCAUCAGAUGGAGAAUGAGACGUCCAGGGAUUUGUAUGGUUACAAUCUGCUGUCCAGCUACCAGAACCAGAACACAACAGGAGUCCAGGAAACAGACGGUCAGACCUUCUCCAGAACCCUCUUUCAGGAAGGACGCUGGAACGAGGUGGACCAUGAGUGCCUAAUUGAUGAAGACUGUGGGCAGGACAGCUAUUGUCUGUACAACAUUAGCAGCUCCAAGUGCAUUCCCUGCAAGUCCACCAGCACGGAGUGUGUGAAGGAUGAGGAGUGUUGCGGAGAGCAGCUGUGUGUGUGGGGUCUCUGUGCACAGAACAAAACCAGAGGACAGUCGGGCACAAUCUGCCAGGCCCAGAGCGACUGCAGCCCGCAGCACUGCUGCGCCUUUCACAAAGCUCUGCUCUUCCCGGUGUGUCGGCCGAGGCCUCAGCAGGGUCAGGGUUGUCAUGAGCAACCAAAUCAGCUGCUGGAGCUGCUGCUGUGGGACGAGGAAGCUCCUUGUGAGCACUGCCCAUGUGCUACAGGCCUGCAGUGCCAACCAGUGGGCCAGGAAUCCAAGUGUGUGAACCAGAGGAGCUCAUCUGGGAGAGGAGAAUGAAUGGUUUCCAGUAACUGGUAAAAGGCCAGACAAUGGCUCUCAGCAAUACAUUUAAUGGGAUUUUGCUUUUAAAAGGUUCUUUUUGUAGUGUUUUAUGUGAAUAUUACAAUUUAUAUAACAUUGUAAUUGAGUUUGAUAUAAAUAUUUAUAAAUGUUGGAACCAUAUAGACUCCAAGAUAUGAUUAAAUGCCUGUUAUGUAACUCCA